ACCCCCCAACCCCACUCUCACCCGUCGUCGCUUGCGCCAAAUAUUUUUUCUAUUUCGCAUUCCAAACACUCCGCAUUUUCACACUCUCUCUCUCUCUUUUCCUGUUCCAACUCUCAUUGUCUUCUCUCUGUAUUCGUGAGAAAUGGAGAACCAAGAUCACAGAGCAACGGUGUCGUCAGGUCAUGCGAGCCAUGGCGUGCACUUGUGUCACAAAUGUGGGUGGCCUUUCCCAAACCCGCACCCGAGUGCUAAGCACAGGAGAGCCCAUAAAAAGGUCUGCGGAACUAUUGAGGGGUAUAAGCUUACUGAAUCUGAACCCACCCAUUUGGCUAUUUCAGACGACGACGAACACCCCUCGGAUGAUGAUCGGCGAACCCCAAGUCCUAAGAUUAUCAACAAAAGUUUCAAAGAGGCUGCUGCUAGCUUCAAAUCCACUAGAUCAGAGGAUGAGCUUUUCUCUGAUGCCAUGACAGACUUUUCUGAUAGUGGCCAUCAUAAUCCAGUCAUGGAUGAAGGUUUGGAGGCUGCUAUAAAAUUGGGCAAACAUGCUCAAAAAUUUCCGGGGGGCGAUGAGUUACCCAAGGUUGAUGCACCUACUGAUGCGCCCAAACCACUUGAUGAUCCGUUAAAGACAAGCCAAUUAGGAGAUCCUCAACUGCUGGGAAGUGCAGCGAAGCCUUUAGAUGCUACUACACCUUUUGGAUCAAAAUCCAAAGAAGACUCUACUGGGCUCAAUGAACCAAGUGGUCAACAGUUGGACGUGGCUCCAAUUUUGGAGAAUGUAAAAGCAACCGGUGAGGAAGUCCUGAUGAGUAAUGAUAGGAAGGACAUUUGUGUACAAGAAAAUGAACAUGCAAAUGCCAGUGAGAUUCUAGCUGAUGCUGUAGAACCUUCAAGGGACAUAGCUCCGUUGCAAAGUAGAUUAUCUGAACCUGAUUCAGUGAAGACAGCAGUACAAGAGGGAGAGGAAAAGACUUCUAGUCUAAGCCAGAAAGAAGAAGUAGAGUUGGUCGAAGCAGACAGCAAAAUAUCAAGCUCUUCCAGUUUGACACCCGAGUUAUUUGAGGGGCCUAGAGAUACUCCAGAACAUAUUAUACAGGGAUCUAAGGCAGUAGAGUCAGUUGAAGCAGACAGCAAAAUGUCAAGCUCUUCCAGUUUGGAACCUGAGUUACUCGAGGAAGCUAGAGAUGCUCCAGGACAUAUUAUACUGGGAUCUAAGUCAGUUGAAGCAGAAAACAAAGUAUCAAGAUCUUCUAGUUUGGAACCUGAGUUACUUGAGGGGGCUAGAGAUACUCCAGGACAUAUUAUACUGGAAUCUAAGUCAAAUGGUGAAGAUGUAAAAAUUUCAUGCCCGCCAGACCAGAAAUCUGAUCAGUUUCAGGCAGAUGGCAAUGCUUCAGAGGUUGCGAGUCUGGAUAGAAAGUUAGAGCCAAGUGAUGAGUUGGAAACUAAGAUGGGAGGGAAGGAUGAAAGUGGUGUCUUUCUUCAUGUUUCUCCUCUGCAGAAGACAGACACUGAGGAUAUAGAAGGAAGGUGCCAAAAUGAUAUUGUUGAGUUAUGCAAAACAGAAGUGGAAGAGAAGGAAGAUGUGCGUCUGCUAUCUGAGGCAAAAGACAUAUCUUCUUUACACAAUGCUGAACUUGCGGUUCAAGGAUACAAAGAUUACAAAUAUUUAAAAUCUAACCUUGCACUUGAUCUCGGUGCUGGUGAUGAAGGAAUUGGCUCUGCACAGGAUGAUGUUAAGCCUGACCAGAGCCUACUUGGGCCUCCUUCAGUCUUAGAUGCUUCAGGAGAUGACAUUAGGAAAGGUGAUGGCAAAGUUCCUAUAGAGGGAAAAAUGGAUUUGAAUGGAUCAUCAGAGGUUAUAAAUGAUGAAAAUCUUGGAUCUUCGAUAUCUGUUCCAGCUACCUUGGAGUCACCGAAAUUGACUUUUCAGCCAACUAAUAGUCAUUCUACGGAGGAUGAGUGUUCACAAAAUUCUUUUCAACAAUGUAAACCACUUGCCCAUUCAGAUGAGAAUUCUAUUGCCCCUUGUAUGGGUGGGGAAGUUGGGCAAAUAAUUCCCACAAUCUUAGGUGCUUCAGGAGAUGACAUUAGUAAGGAUGAUGGCAAAGUUCCUAUUGAGGGAAAAAUUGAUCCAGAGGGAUCAAAGGUGAUAUAUGAGGAAAUUUCAGUAUCUGCUCCAACUACCUUGGAGAAUCUGGACCCAACUAAGGAUGGGUCUUCACAAAAUUCUUUUAAACAAUGUAAGCAACCGGGCGACUCAGAUAAUAAUUCUAUUGCUCCUUCUACGGGCGAUGAAGUCAGGAAAACAAUUACACGAGGAGGAAGUGAAAUUUUUUAUGAUUGUGCAAUGGAUACAACAAAGAUGUCUUUUCCGGCUGAAAAUGAGAGCAGGGAAGGACAUCCACAGGAUGAGUAUUCUGCUGGCACAAAGAUAGGAUUUGGACAUCCUGACAGUUCUUUUAUAUUUGAAAAGACACAAACUCCUGUUUCUUUUGGAGGAGAUGACCAUCCUGAUCUUGAAAAAUCUGGAACUAAAUGUUUGGAUGUAGAAAGGUCCAGGAGCAUGGAAGAGACUGGGGGAAAACUGGCAAAGGUAAAUGGAGGAGGAGCUGAAGAUGAUCAAACUGGCCACUCUCUUGGAGUUGGUGAUGGUUCACUUCAUGAUAAAGCUAGGACUGAAGUGCCAAAUAUAGCUGCUGGGAGUGAACACAGAGGAGAAGAUGCAAAGGACAAGAUGGCCAACAUAGAACCAAAGCAUGAUUCUUCAGUCACAGUACUAGAAUCAACUAAUGCAGCUGGGGAUGAUGAAAGAAAUCAUGAAAAUGUGGAACACAUUUCUUCAAUUUCUGGAAAACAUGCAGAUGUAGUCCUUCAGGAAAAACCCUAUGAGGGUCCCACUUUUAGUGAGUCAGCAAGUUUGCCUGUUGACUUGAAUUCGGGGAAUUCUGCUACUGUGGAAAAUAAUAAUAUAGUAGAUGCUACAAGCACCUCUGUAGUUGGUUCUGUUCCCUUAAAGGGCGAAGGUGAUGACAAAACCACAAAACAGCAAGAUGGUGUUACUGCAGUUGAUAUGUCAGUGACAUCAAGUAGCAGAACUGAUAGCUUGGAAGCCAACUGGGGAUCUGUUUCAGUGCUUUCUAUCCAGUCAGAGACAACAGCCCCUGUUGAUGGUGAAGUACCUGAUUCUGGAGCACAAGAAAAAAAGACAAAAGUGGAAAGAAACCCUGACAAGUCUGACACAUUCGAGCCUCCAUCUUUCAUGACUUUGGUGGAAUCCGGUUCAGAGAUUGAAAAUGCGCAGAAUGCUCAACACCCCAAAUCCGAUUCUCUGAAGGCUGGGUGGUUUCCGUCUCUCAAUAAUGUCGUGAACGAGUCUCAAGGCCGGAAGAAAAAUGAGGAGAUCAUUGCCAAAGUCACAAACUGGAGCACAGGCAAGCAACACACGCCCCUGAAAAACCUCCUGGGCGAGGCCAAAUCGCCAAACACUAAACAAGUGCCUAGCGCGAGUGCGACACAAAAAGAUGAAACCACCACUCACAACACUGCUGCUACAGCCACCACCACCACGGUGAACAAAGUUCUAAGCUUUGAGCCAGCAAGUGAGCCGACUGCUCCAAAGGAGGCUGCCGUCGAGAAAGAAUGGGAUUCUCCGGCAAGGUAUCCAGUUGGUAUUAAGAAGGAAAAGAAGAAAGGGAAAGCAUACUGGGUACCCUUUGUUUGCUGCUCUUCAGUACAUUAGAAUACAUAUAUAAAAUAAAAAUCUUGGUCUUGGUCGGGUCGGGUAGACAACAUUAGAAUUCAUGUUAAACUACUUUGUUUCCAUCACAUCACGGCUUUAGGUGAACUCCUCCUGUGUCAUUAUCAGAUCAUAUCGUUUUUGGGAUUAUUUGUGUCGUAUGUAAGCAGCUUAUUGGUUCUAAAGUAUAGGGAUGGAUUAUGGAUAUAUAUCACUUUAGUAUCUCAGACACGCAUAUCUGUAUUAUAUGUAACCACUUAUUCUGAGACUCAAUUAUUUCUCUUCAUCCA